UCUCAUUACCCAGAGCCCCGCACCAUCUACAUUGUUACAAUCCUCCCAUUUCCUGCAACACAACACUUCCAUGUCUCGCGUCAAGGGUAUGCUGUUUUAUCGCUUCAUACUGGAUCGUACCUGCCGCCUGGACAUUGACAACGAUGGAAAUAUAAAGAGCGAAUAUGAGAGGGGUUCGCCGCAAACUGUCAUUAGGUUGACAGAGAUGGGCUGCUGAUUUGGGAAUCCCGGAGAGCUGGAAGCGCCCAGGAGCACCAUGACCGUGUUCAACCAGGAAAAUGUGGAGGAUUAUUACGAGAUUGGAGACGAGCUCGGGAGUGGUCAGUUUGCCGUGGUAAAGAAAUGCCGUCAUAAAAGCACUGGAGUGGAGUAUGCAGCCAAAUUUAUCAAGAAAAGGCGCAGCAAAUCCAGUCGGCGAGGGGUCUCCAAAAACGACAUUGAGAGGGAGGUCAGCAUCUUGAAGGAAAUCCAGCACCCCAAUGUCAUCACCCUGCACAAUGUGUUUGAAAACAAGAACGAGGUCAUUCUCAUCCUGGAGCUUGUGGCAGGUGGGGAGCUCUUUGACUUUCUAGCUGAGAAAGAGUCAUUGAGUGAAGAGGAGGCCACCGAGUUCCUCAAGCAGAUCUUGGAUGGAGUCAGUUACCUACACUCCAAACAGAUUGCCCACUUUGACCUGAAGCCGGAGAACAUCAUGCUGUUGAACCGGAGUGUGCCUCACCCGCGCAUUAAGCUCAUUGACUUUGGCUUGGCCCACAAGAUCGAUUUUGGCAACGAUUUCAAAAACAUCUUUGGUACCCCAGAGUUUGUAGCUCCUGAAGUGGUAAACUACGAGCCGCUUGGCCUGGAGGCAGACAUGUGGAGCAUUGGGGUGAUCACUUAUAUUCUACUUAGUGGUGCCUCACCUUUCCUGGGUGAAAAUAAGCAGGAGACACUUGCCAAUGUGUCAGCUGUGGACUACGAGUUUGAUGAGGAAUACUUCAGCAACACCAGUGCUUUGGCCAAAGACUUCAUUGCACGGUUACUGCUCAAAGAUCCAAAAAAAAGAAUGACAAUCCUGGACAGUCUUCAACACCCCUGGAUCAAGCCAAAGGACACACAGCAGGCACUGAGUCGGAAGGAAUCAGCAGUGAAUAUGGAGAAAUUUAAGAAGUUUGCUGCCAGAAGAAAAUGGAAGCAAUCGGUGCGUCUCAUCUCUCUGUGUAACCGGCUCUCCCGCUCCUUCCUGUCUAGGAGCAAUAUGAGUGUGGCACGCAGUGAUGACACACUGGAUGAGGAGGACUCAUUUGUCAUGAAGGCUAUAAUCCACGCAAUCAACGACGACAAUGUUCCAGGUCUAAAACACCUGCUUGGAUCGCUGACCAGCUAUGAUAUUAAUCAACCUAACAAGCACGGAACCCCUCCGCUCCUGAUUGCUGCGGGCUGUGGAAACGUCCAGAUCAUUGAUGUGCUAAUGAAAAAAGGAGCGGAGAUUCAAGCCUUUGAUAAGACUGGAGCCACCGCUAUCUACCAUGCCGCCCGACAUGGUCAUGUGGGGACCUUGAGAUUCUUGCAUGAAAAGAAGUGCCCUCUGGACAUCCAAGAUAAGUCUGGAGAAACGGCUCUGCAUGUGGCAGCUCGCUAUGGUAAUGUGGAUGUAGUCCAAUACCUUUGCAGCAUCCAUGCCAACCCUGACCUAGUGGACCGGGAGCAGGAGACACCUCUCCACUGUGCAGCCUGGCAUGGUUACUCGGCGGUUGCCAGAGCCUUGUGCGAGGCUGGCUGUGAUGUGAACGCCCGGAAUCGUGAGGGCGAGAGCCCGUUACUCACCGCUUCUGCCCGCGGCUUCAAGGACAUCGUGGAGUGUCUGCUGGAGCAUGGGGCGAACUUGGACUCUGCUGAUAAGGUGAGGUUUGGGAGAACAGCUCUUCACCUGGCAGCUAGUAACGGUGGUCUGGAGGUGGUGCGUCAUCUCUGUGUUACAGGAGCCAACACUGAAGCCAUCACUAAUGAUGGGAAGACAGCAGAGGAUCUCGCGAUUGCAGAGCAGCAGGAGCAUGUAGCAGUGCUGCUGGCCAAGCUGAAAAAGGACAACCAUAAGAGCAUUUACAUCCAGCAGCUGCGGCCUACACAGACCCUCCAACCUCGCAUCAAACUCAAGCUGUUUGGCCACUCGGGAGCAGGGAAGAGCACUCUGGUGGAGUCUUUGAAGUGUGGCAUCUUGCGGAGUUUCUUCAGGAGGAGGAGGACCAGGUUGACCAACCCUGUCCGGCACCCAGCCUCACCUGUCACCUCCAAACCUGCAGUGUCUGUCAGCAUCUCUAACCUGUACCCAGGCUGUGAGAAUGUCAGUGUGCGUAGCCGCAGUAUGAUGUUUGAGCCCAGUUUGACUAAAGGAGUGCUGGAGGUCUUUAGUCCUGUCCAUAACGCUCUCUCCACGGCUGACGACACCGCCACCAAAGCCAUCGACAUCCAGAACGCCAAUGUCAAUGGUGUUGGAGACUUCAGUAUAUGGGAGUUCUCCGGUAACCCCGUCUACUACUGCUCAUAUGACUACUUUGCUGCGAAUGACACCACAGCCAUUCAUCUGGUCUUAUUCAGCCUGGAGGAGCCUUACGAGACUCAACUGAACCAGGUCACAUUUUGGCUCAACUGCCUGAAGGCUCUCACGCUGCCAGAGGACAACAUCGCCUUUGGAGGGAAGAUAAGGAAUCCACUGCGUGUGGUCCUGGUGGCCACACAUGCUGACAUUGUGAAUCUGCCCCGAUCGUUUGGGGGAGAGUUCAGCUAUGACAAGGAGAGAUCUCUAAUUAAAGAAGUCAGAAGCAGGUUUGGGAAUGAUCUGCAUAUUGCAGAGAAGCUCUUUGUCAUGGAUGCAGGAGCGUCCAACUCCAAAGACAUAAAGCUGCUGAGAAACCUUCUGUUAGAGCUCCGCAACACCAUCAUCUUUACCUGCAGGCCGAUGACUCAGCUGGCAGAGAAGCUGUUGUCCACUCUGCCUUCCUGGCGGAAACUGAACGGGCCAAACCAGCUGAUGUCAUGGCAACAGUUUGUUGUGGAUGUGCAAGAACAAAUCAACCCUCUAGCCAGUGAAGAGGAUCUGCGGGAACUGGCUUCACAACUUCACAGCAUGGGAGAGAUUAACAUCAUGCAGAGUGAGACUGUCCAGGACGUUGUCCUGUUAGAUCCUCGCUGGCUUUGUGGUAACGUUCUCGGCAAGCUUCUCUCAAUCGAAACCCCCAAAGCAAUCCACCACUACCGUGGCCGCUACCGCGUGGAAGAACUCCAAAACCUUGUCUCCGAAGGUGACAUCGAUGAACUUCUCCAGGUGCUCGAUGCCAUGGAUGUAUGUGCCCGCGACUUAGCCAACCCCGGAAUGGUCGACAUUCCCGCCCUCAUACGCACGGGUGGCCUACAGCACACCUGGACCGACGAGGAAGACAUCGAAGGCGAGGACACUUUGCUUUACGGUGGUGUGCGAGUUGUCCCUGCGGAACACUUGGCGCCGUUCCCUUGUGGACUUUUCCAUAAGUUGCAAGUGAACUUGUGCAGGUGGAGCCGGCAGCAGAAGCCAGAGGUCGAGGCUGAGGAUGUGAGGUUGUGGAGCAGUGGAGCUCGGGUUGGACUCGGCGGCACUGAGGCACUGGUUCUGCUUGUGAACCAUGGGCAGGGCAUGGAGGUACAGUUACGAGGACCUGACUCUGAUCCCGGCCGUUGCUAUGCUUUAUUGGACACGUUGUGCGGCAUGGCAGAGGGUCUGUUAGCUGCUACGUUACCCGGUUUGCUUACCGCCCGGCAUUAUCUUAGCCCUCAGCAGCUGCGUGAACACCAUGGCCCUGUCAUGCUCUACCAACCGAGAGACUUUUUCCGCGCUCAGGCGCGAGGCGAGAACGCGCUUUCGAACACCAUGGGCGGCUAUCGUGAGAGCUUUGUCAGUAUCGUAGCAUUAGGUUGCACCCAGGUCUACAAACAGGGCAGUCUUGGUGGGGAAGUGCCCGUGGCAGAGGUCAGUCACCUGGCUCGACGCAAGCUCUGUCGCCUGCUGGACCCUCCCGAUGCCCUUGGGAAGGACUGGUGCCUGCUUGCCAUGAACUUGGGCCUCAGCGAGCUCGCUGCUAAAUACAGUUCUGGCACCAACGGGACUCCGCCUGCAGACCCCCUUUCCCUUCCCAGUCCCACGGCCACGCUCCUGCAGGAGUGGAGCCAGCGACCCGUUUCAACCAUAGGCAUUUUGCUCGCUAAGUUGCGAGAACUCGGUCGUCGGGAUGCAGCAGAUUUCCUCCUUAGAGCUGCACCCGUGUUCCGGGUCAACUUGGAAAUACUGGGCACCCCGCCGGAGCCCUACAGCCCGGUGUGUAAUGGGGGCGGCACAUCCUUCAACUCCAUCAGUUCCGUGAUCUCUCGUUAGGACGUCACUUGUGUCUAUAGAGAAACGUGCAAUUGACCGGUGGAGCGGUGUUCAAUCUCAAGCUCCCUGGUGUCCUGAGACGGAAGUAUUUGAAUCAGAUACUCUGCUCAUGUCCAUUUUGUUGCCCUUCGCGAUUUCUGAAUGUUCAUUCUUGGUGUCUUUGAAAAGAUGCCUCUGUGCUUUUUUUUCUGCAAAUCUUUUAUUGACCGUCUCACAUUCCCAAGGUGAAACUGCAGGCGGCCUUUUUUUAAACAUCCUUACUGAAAGAAAGUUCUAUUAC